AUGCACUCCAGCACCCCUAUUAGCUCAUUGUUCUCCUUCACCAGCCCAGCAGUGAAGAGACUGCUGGGCUGGAAGCAAGGAGAUGAAGAGGAGAAGUGGGCGGAGAAGGCUGUGGAUUCCCUGGUGAAGAAACUGAAGAAGAAGAAAGGCGCUAUGGAAGAACUUGAGAGGGCUCUGAGCUGUCCUGGCCAGCCCAGUAAGUGUGUCACAAUCCCACGCUCCUUGGAUGGGAGGCUGCAGGUGUCUCAUCGCAAGGGGCUGCCCCAUGUCAUCUAUUGUCGAGUGUGGCGUUGGCCCGAUUUACAGUCUCACCAUGAAUUGAAACCACUGGAAUGUUGCGAGUUCCCAUUUGGCUCGAAGCAGAAAGAAGUUUGCAUCAACCCCUACCAUUACCGGCGGGUGGAGACCCCAGUGUUGCCUCCAGUACUGGUUCCAAGACACAGUGAGUUUAACCCACAUCUCAGCCUACUUGCCAAGUUCCGGAGUGCUUCCCUCCACAGUGAGCCUCUGAUGCCACAUAAUGCCACCUAUCCUGAUUCUUUCCAGCAAACUCCCUGCACCCCUUUUCCAUCAUCACCCAGUAACAUGUUCUCUCAGUCACCCAGCAGCAUCAGCUAUCCUAACUCUCCAGGAAGUUCUUCUGGACCAGGAAGUCCAUAUCAACUCACAGUUGAAACACCCCCACCUUACAAUGCAAGAGAAACACCAGGAAACCAAAAUGGACGAUCAGUGGAUGCAACAGCUGACAAUCAGUUAGUGCUAUCAUUGCCCAAUGGAGGUAAAUCUGCUGCUGGAGAAACUGAAAAUUUUCGACCUGUUUGCUAUGAGGAACCCCAGCACUGGUGCUCAGUUGCCUACUAUGAACUCAACAACCGAGUAGGGGAGACUUUCCAGGCUUCUUCUCGGAGUAUUCUUAUAGAUGGAUUCACGGAUCCUUCAAAUAACAGGAACCGAUUCUGUCUUGGACUGCUCUCUAAUGUCAACAGGAAUUCUACUAUAGAAAACACCAGGCGACACAUAGGAAAAGGUGUCCAUCUCUAUUAUGUUGGUGGCGAGGUGUAUGCAGAAUGCGUGAGUGACAGCAGCAUUUUUGUACAGAGCCGCAACUGUAACUAUCAGCAUGGCUUCCACCCAGCCACUGUCUGCAAGAUCCCCAGCGGCUGCAGCCUCAAGAUUUUCAACAACCAGCUCUUUGCCCAGUUGCUCGCCCAGUCAGUCAACCAUGGCUUUGAGGUGGUGUAUGAGCUGACCAAGAUGUGCACUAUCCGAAUGAGCUUUGUUAAAGGCUGGGGAGCGGAGUAUCAUCGCCAGGACGUUACAAGCACUCCUUGCUGGAUUGAGAUUCAUCUGCACGGACCAUUGCAAUGGCUGGAUAAGGUGCUCACACAGAUGGGCUCACCUCAUAACCCCAUCUCCUCAGUCUCUUAA